AUGCGGCUGCUAGCCUGUAGUGUGCUGCUCCUGAUCAGCGUUAGGGCUGAACAGGUAGCCGAGGAAUCGGAGGCAAAACCGCCAGCAGAGUCGCCAUCUGACGAUGAAGUAAAGGAAUUCGAUAAAGAAGGAGAUGUUUAUGUGCUUCACGACAAAGAUUUUGAUGCUUUCGUCAAAAUGCAUCCUACUUUCUUCGCGAAGUUCUAUGCUCCCUGGUUGGUAUUUUUGUAG